CUUUUACACGUGAAUUUGGGUCUGUUUCUGUCAAAUGUCACCAGUCAUCCUUCAAUAAAUUUAUUUGUUCCAUUGAUUUUUUGUCCACACACCGACACGGCAUCUUUUUAAGUAGUAUUUCACCGGUUAUUUAAAACAGAUAAACAUCAAGAUGGCUAGAGGUGGAAUGAGAGGUCGAGGCGGCAUGAAUCGUAGCGUCGGUGGACGUCCUCCAUUUAAAGUAAAAAUGUUUUUACCUAGACAUCCCUUCGAUUUGGCCCUGUGCGAAACUUCUUUUCCGAGGACGAAGGCUGCUCCUGAUGACACCGCUUUUACACAGGCGUUAUUAAAAAGAAAUUCAGAUUUGUCACCUACACCUGCAGAACAAACCGCUAUUUUAAAUUUGGUUACCAAAAUUCAGACAGUAUUGGAUAAUUUGGUUGUUGCUCCAGGAAAUUUCGAUGCAUGUCAAUUAGAUGAAGUUCGCCAAGUAGGUUCUUUCAAAAAGGGAACCAUGGUCACUGGCCACAACAUUGCUGAUAUUGUUGUCAUUCUUAAGACCCUCCCAACCAGAGAAGCUGUUGAGGCUCUGGGCAACAAAGUUAGAGAUGACCUGAGAAAUUUAAUGAAAAAUGAAAUCGUCCAGAAAGGAGAACAACUUCAACACACAACCAACGAAAGAGGAAUUGAAAUCAGCAAUGCAUUCGCAUGUGUGAGAGUUAUGGUUACCACACUUCACCAUAACAUCAGAAAAUUGGAUCCCGAAAUCCAUUUAGAUCAAAAAAUUAUGCUGAGCCACCUUGCGGCAAUCCGUCACAGUCGGUGGUUUGAGGAAAAUGCACAUCAUUCCUCUAUCAAAGUUCUUAUCCGUCUUCUAAGAGAUGUUCGCAGUAGAAACGAAGGUUUCGAACCUCUAACCCCUUGGAUGUUAGACCUCUUGGCUCAUUUCGCUAUAAUGCACAAUCCUAGUCGGCAAGCGUUACCUUUGAAUGUUGCGUUCCGAAGGGUAUUCCAACUGUUAGCUGCUGGUCUCUUCUUACCUGGUUCGGCGGGUAUUACGGAUCCUUGCGAAGGGGUUAGUUUGAGGAUUCACACUGCUAUGACUCUUGAACAGCAAGAUAUUUGCUGUUUGACGGCGCAAUCUGUUGUUCGUGUAUUGGCGCACGGUGGGUACAAGCAUAUUCUGGGAUUGGAAGGAAAUGCUAAUAUUGCCCAAGAAUUGACAGUGUGGGACGGUAUCGUAGUUUCGCCUUUGGACAAGGCUUACGAGAACCCACCAGAAAAGAAGGAGGGCGAGGACGACGAUGAGGAUAUGGAAGCGGACGGAGACGAAAGUAUGGAAACUCAGGAAACUUGAAUUUAGGGUUCAGCGUUUUGUUUAUAAUUUAACAUAAGCUGAUUGAUUUUUUUUUCUUGUAGAACUUUUGAAUUUUUAUGCUGAUAGUAACAACUAUGUUACCAUGGUUAGUUACAAUCGUGAUUGAACCUCUUAUAAUUUAUGUUUUUUGUAUGUCCAAUGUACAAUAAAAUUCUUUUUUUAAAAAU